UCGCUUAUGAGCGACCACGGGACUGACGUAACAUCGGCAGGCCCCACUACGUGAGCUGAAGAUCGGAUCGAGGUUUCAAAGUCCUUAGGGAGGAGUAACGUCGCGCCAGUACGCUCCGGUCGUUACUGAAGACAGCGAGGAUGAAGACGUUGCUCCUGACCAUUUUCGCGGUGCUGUGCAUCCAGACGGUGCUCAGCGUCGAUCCUUACGAGCACACCAAGGUGGUCUGUUACUGGAAUAGCACCGCCUAUGAAAGACAAGGUCCAGCAAAGUUCCAGCUGGAGGAUGUCAGACCCGCUUUAUCCCUCUGCACUCACCUGGUCUACGGAUAUGCUCACAUCAACCCCGACUUUGAAGUCAUACCUGCCAAUCCGAACUUAGACACCGGCUCGGGCUACGCUUACUACCGAUUAGCCACGCAACUAAAGCGUACGUUCCCCGACUUGAAAAUCUAUCUGAGCAUCGGAGGGAACUCCGAUCCUUACGACGAGGAGCACAAGUAUCUCGUGUUGACCGAGACUUCGGAGGGCAGAACCAAGUUCAUCAACUCUGUGAAUCGCCUGCUGAACGACUACGACUUUGACGGGAUCGACCUGGCGUGGCAAUUCCCGCCUGUCAGGCCCAAGAAGCAGCGUAGCACUCUGGGUUCUUUCUGGCACGGUCUCAAGAAGAAGCUGGGCUACGGCAAAUUCAAGGACGACAAGGAGCAGGAGCACCGCGACGGUUUCACCAUCUUGGUCCGUGACCUCAAGUCGCAGCUCAGGCCGCGCCUUAAGGCUCUCACCGUCACGGUGUUGCCUCACGUGAACGCCAGUGUGUACUACGACGCGAGACUGUUGGCGCCCAACAUCGAAGCCGUGCACCUCUUCGCCUUCGACCAGAAGACACCGGAAUACAGCCCGAAGGAGGCCGACUACCCAGCGCCGAUUUACGGCAGUUACGGUCGCGUGGCGGAAGACAAUAUCGAUGUGUCGACGAGGUACUGGCUGGAGAACGGUACUCCCGGUAGCAAGAUCGUCGUCGGCAUCCCGACGUACGGCCGCACGUGGAAGCUGACGUCCGACAGUCAGAUCUCCGGCGUGCCGCCCAUCGUGACCGACGGCCCGGGCGCUGCGGGUCCUCACACCAAUGAGCCAGGACUGCUGUCCUAUGCCGAGAUAUGCGCCAAGCUGACCGAGCACGCGGCGGGUCGACUCCGACGCGUCAGUGACCCGUCCAAGAAGUACGGCAGCUACGCUUAUCAGGCUUACAACAGCGACAGCGGCGAGGAAGGCAUCUGGACAGGUUACGAGGAUCCGGACACCGCCGGCAUCAAGGCCGGGUUCGUCAAGUCGAGGGGCUUCGGCGGUGUGGCGAUCGUCGACCUGUCCCUGGAUGACUUCAGGGGCGUUUGCACCGGCGACAAGUACCCGAUCAUCCGGGGAGCCAAGUACAAGCUUUAGAGAGGCGAGCCCGCGCUGGGCGGGUCGCGCUUGGAGUCGACCGCCGAAGCUGAAGAGCGCUCUCGGAGGAGUGCGACUCAUGCCGCGGAUAAAACGCCGCGUUUCGAUUUGUUCGGGCAGAAAUUGCACUUGUACAUAUAUUGUCGUUACGUUCGGACAGAUAAUCGAGCUUCUUUUCGCGAGAUCGAGAGAGUUUUAACGAGCAGUUUUAACGAGAGAACUUUCCGCGGGAGAUUGUAACGCCGGCCCUUCACGGCUGCCGGAUCGCUGCUCUCGUGAUUAUAAUAAAAAAUACAACGCUGCUUAA